GUGCAGACUGCGCAUGCGUUCGACACGCCACUGCCUCGCCAUGGCUGGGAUAGGAGCUUGCGGCGAGUGUCGCGUUGCGUCUGGUUCAACUGCAGUCGGUGAUGGCGGAGGCUUUGGGUGCGGUCCGGUAGGGGCAUCAGGGAAGUACCUGGUGCCUGGAUAUCCGGGAAGCCUCGAGAAUCGCUACGUGGCCGAAGGCUGCCGGCCAAGCAUCCGCUCGGCGAGGGCUUUUUCAUUCAGCUCGUACCACUGUGCCCUCGCCGCACGUGUUGCAGCCCGCAUGCCACCUCCAGAAAUCACAGAACCUUGUGGCCCACUGAGGCUGUACGCAGAGUGCCGGGAGCCGUGCUUAGUGAUCUUCGAUUUUCACAAGGGCCCUGCAGGGAAAACGCUUGGCAGGUAGAAAGCUUCAACGAAUUGGAUGCAUGCAUGCAUGAACGAACCUACACUAGUCCAGAAGAUAGGAUGGCCACACAAGCUUUCUCUGAGGCAGUGACAUUUGAUCUGAGACCUGAAAAAGCCAGCCAUGUGAAGAAAAUCUGGGAAAAGUGUGUUGUAGGCAGGAAGCACAGAAGACACCAAGGCCCUGAGCAGGAACAAGUCCAGUAAGAGUGAAGAGCAGACAGAGGUGUGAAAGAGAGAGGCACAGCUAAGGUUUGAGAGCCCAGAGCCCGCGGUGAGGAAAUGGACUUCAUUCUCAGGGCUCAAGGUCACAUUCCUAGUGAAUGCUAGGGCUGGAAUUCAAGCACCUCGUCAGCCUGUAAAACCUAAUCUCUCACCUUUGUCCUAGGAUGAUACCCACCUCACAGACUCGUCCAGGUCACUAGAGAAAACUUAGAACGUGCCUGGCGCAAGAUAGACGUGCAACCGGUGUCCCCUUUCUCCUGGUUUUCCUAUAAAGGUAGGCUUCAUGCCCAGCGUGCAGCCCAACACUGGGCUUGAACUCAGGACCCUGAGAUCAAGACCUGAGCUGAGAUCAAGAGUUGGACACUUAACCAGCUGAGCCGCUCAGGUGCCCCUGUAGUGGUUACUUUAAAUAGUUGGAUUUUGUGGCUCAGCUGAACAUGGAGGAGUUUCUGGACCAGAAGAGCUGAGGAAGCCCAAACUUGAGCUGAAGCAACUCUACUGAGGUCAGCCCCAUGGCUGUUCCACACGAUUCACACGAGACUUCCUAUUUGCUGCCUCCAAACAGUAAGGACUGGGAAGGGCAUGGCAUUCCUGACUUUGUCUACGGGCAGGAGGAGCUGGUGCUGGAAGGGAUUCAGUGGCCGAGGGACGCGCCUGGCCUCCCGGAGGACUCCGUACCACCGUCUCGCUUCGACUCUGUGCUCUGCUCUGCCUGGAGGCAGCGGGUGGAGCUGGGGCUGUUCCGCUACCGCCUGGGGGAGCUGCAGACCCAAACCCUCCCCGGUGCCGUGGGUUUUGUGGCUCAGCUGAACGUGGAGCGAGGUGCGCAGAGGAGGCGCCCCCAGAGCAUCAGUAGUGUGAAGCAGGCGUUUGACCCUGCACUGUUUAACUUCAACAAGAUCCGGCCAGGAGAAGUCCUCUUCCGUCUGCUCCGGGAGCCCGAUCUGCCAGGCGCUCCCCAGCAAGAGGACAUCCUCGUAAUGAUCAAUGUCAGCCCCUUGGAGUGGGGCCACGUGCUGCUGGUGCCCGAGCCCACCCGUGGGCUUCCCCAGCGCCUGCUGCCCGGUGCGCUGCGGGCCGGGGUCGAGGCUGUGCUGCUGAGCUCACACCCAGGCUUCCGCGUCGGCUUCAACAGCCUGGGUGGCUUGGCCUCAGUGAACCACCUCCACCUGCACGGGUAUUACCUGGCCCACAGACUGCCUGUGGAGGGAGCACCGAGCGAGCCCCUGGACCCCGGGGGGCAUCUGCACCUCCUCCAGGCCGUCCCAGUGCCCGGCUUCCUCUUUUACACUAGCAGGCCGGGGCCUGACUUGGAAGCCUUGAUAGGCAGGGUAUGUCGGGCCACCGACUAUCUGACUGACCGCGAGAUCGCCCAUAAUUUGUUUGUGACCCGGGGGGCCCCACCUGGAAAGACAUCACCCUCCUCGGCUCUCACGGGGGUCCGAGUGAUUCUGUGGGCCCGGAAGUCCAGUUUUGGGGUAAAGGAAGGCGAGGCGUUCAAUGUUGCCCUCUGUGAGCUGGCCGGGCACCUCCCUGUCAAGACGUCCCAGGAUUUCAGCAGUCUGACAGAGGCCGCUGCUCUGGCCCUCAUUCAGGACUGUCUGCUGCCCCCCGCCCAGGCAGAAGAGGUCCAGGCAGCGCUAGUGGCCUUGAUAGCCCAGGACGAGCAGUAAUCCUUCCGGAAGUAUUUAUUUUCUACCCGGUCUAAGUCCCUUUCCAGAAAGCCGUCCACAGGGUCCACAGGGGUCGUUUGGGCAUUUCUGUGACUGCCUUCUUACCUGUCUCAGCCUAAGGGGACGGGUAAAGAAUUGACAAGUGGCCUCUUUAAAGAGAAGAAACGUUAGAAUAGACCGAACAAAUGAGCCUUCGUGAUGUAUCUGCUUCUCACCUUCCGUCUUGGACAAGCCUCAGGGAUGUCAAACCUGUCACUGAGAAGGGAGUAUGCGCAAGAGUUCUGUACUCCUGACUUUGUAUCUGGACUUUUCCCUUCCGGGCACGUCUUGGCAGUGAUAGUUCAUGUGCCUCUGGCACUGUGCCCUCGUUUCCUCUGCUCUCGCUUCUCUGCUUAUUCUCCCAUUGUCCACCCCCCACUGGUUAUCAUUUCUUCAUCCCUCCCGUCUGUUCGGCCCUGCUUGCAGCACCUUCCCCUCCCAGGCCACCCUUGAAUUUUCCUCCAGCCCUCAGCCCUGAGUUGAAUAUUCCUCAUCUACAUCAUAAGGUGUCCUCACAACUUGAGUACCGCCAUUUAACACUUAACAGACGAGGAGCUGGAGGUUGACAGGUUUUGCAACUUGCCCAAGGCCAGAUAGCUCUCCAGGAGUGGAGUGGGGACUGUAACACGGGGGGUCAGGUGCCAGAAGCCCGGGUUGUGCCCUUGUGACUGCCUCUCUAGGCAACUGCUCCCUUAAUGGUGUCGUCCUUAGCAGUUGACAGGCCAGGCGCUGAGCUGAGGUUCCCGUCCCUGGAUAGUUGGCUUCCUCUGUUCAGGCCUGUAUGAAGCUUUUACGUAGAACUUUCGGUGUUUUAUAUCCCAAAAGAUGUUAUAAAGUCUCAUUGAGAUAAGGCAGAAUAUGCACAAGUAAAAGUCCGUAAGAAGAACAGUUUAGGGGCGCCUAGGGGGCUCAGUUAAGCGUCUGACUUCAGCUCAAGUCAUGAUCUCGCAGUUCGUGAGUUCGAGCCCCGCAUAGAGCUAUGUGCUGACAGCUGGGAGCCUGGACCCUGCUUCAGAUUUUGUGUCUCCCACUCUCCCUCCCCUGCUCAUUCUCUCUCUCUCUCUCUCUCUC